GCCCGCCGCAGCUCUGGGCGCAGCGCGCGGGCUGCGCGGCCGCGGGUGUUCUGCGUGCACCGGGCCCGUGGCGAGCCAGGCUCCCGUAGCCGCGUACUAGGAGGAGGCCGGAGCCCGGGUGGGAAGAAUGGAGUUGGCGUCUCGCUCCCAGGUCCCUAAAGAAGUGGCUGACAUCUUUAACGCCCCCAGUGAUGAUGAAGAGUUUGUUGGUUUCCGAGAUGAUGUUCCCAUGGAAACCCUCUCAUCAGAGGAGAGCUGUGAUAGUUUCGACUCACUGGAGUCAGGGAAACAGCAAGAUGUACGUUUCCAUUCCAAAUACUUCUCAGAAGAGCUAAGAAGAAUUUUUAUAGAGGACACUGACUCAGAGACGGAAGAAUUUGAAGGAUUUACGCAGAACGACCUGAAUGGAAAUAGUAACCCAGAAGUCAUGCUUGUGGAGUCAGAUCUGAGUGAUGCGCCAGAUCUGAGUGAUGCGGGUAAGGCAUCUUCAGUGAGUGAGGAAGAGGAGGACGACGAAGGAGCCAAGGCUACACCUAGAAGAAGCAGACCCAGGAGGAGCGGUAUCGGUCUUCGAGUAGCCUUUCAGUUCCCCACCAAGAAACUGGCAAAAAAGUCAGACGACAAUUCUUCGGAGCCGCCGUUUUCUAGCACACGCUUACAGGACAGUAAAAAAGCCAUUCUUGGAAGAAAGAGAAGCUGCAGACAGGGGAAGGAAAGAGAGGAUUCGGUCUCGGAGUCCGAGGACGAGUCCAGGGAUGAGGGCCAGGAGGGCUCGGAUGCUCUGCUGAAGAGGACCAUGAACAUCAGGGAGAACAAAGCCAUGCUCGCUCAGCUACUGGCGGAACUGAACUCUAUGCCAGAUUUCUUCCCAGUACGAACCCCGAACUCAGCUUCUAAGAAGAGGGCCUCGAGGCGGGCUUUCUCCGAGGGACAGGUCACCCGGCGCACCAACCCAACCCGGAGCGCACGGCCUCCCGAGAAGUUUGCCCUGGAGAACUUCACCGUCUCAGCUGCCAAAUUUGCAGAAGAGUUCUACAGUUUCAGGAGAAGGAAGACGAUGAGUGGGGUAUUUUCUGAGCACCAUAAACAGGGGAAAUGCCAGGGGUACAGACGGCGUCACCGAAUAUCAUCUUUUCGGCCAGUGGAGGAUAUCACUGAAGAGGACUUAGAAAAUGUUGCCAUAACUGUUCGAGAUAAAAUCUAUGAUAAAGUUCUGGGCAACACCUGCCACCAGUGUAGGCAGAAGACCAUCGACACCAAGACCGUGUGUCGGAACCAGAGCUGCGGCGGUGUGCGAGGACAGUUCUGCGGGCCGUGCCUGAGGAAUCGCUACGGGGAGGAUGUGAGAUCCGCGCUGCUGGACCCGGUAGGAGUCGUGUUCGCUUGUGAUGAACUGUACUGGCAGAGAGAAGCAGGUGGAACGAGGGGCUCCUUGGCCCUAUUGGGGACCGGUAGCUGCAGUGCGCCAUCCCCACGACCCAGCACGCGGGAGGAAAUGAAAAGUACAGCUUCCUUCUGGAAUGAGCACGCUGGCCGGUAUGACAGAGGCGAUGUCUGCAGGGGUCAGAGCCACGCUUUUUUACAGUUCUGAUUUCGAAGGUGGACCUGUGUGCUCUCCUGCAGCAGCGGGGUUAGCUCGGGCAAAGCUCGGGGGCAGGGAGGUCACUGUGGAGAGUGCUUCUGGCAUGCCGGGCCCUGGUCUAAGGUUUUUUUUCUCUGUUGUGGUUGGCUAGUUCGUUUACCUAGCGAAGAAGGUAUAUACCCUCCCUGUUCCUCAGGUCCUUCUGUAAAAUGAGAUAAUAGUAUGGUUAAGAUCCAUACACUUGAACCUGGGCAGUCUGGCUCCGGAGCCUCUGCCCUCAGUUUGCCCCUGGCCUAUGGAUGUGGGGUAAACAGGUCCUGUCCCCAGUGGGCAGACGAAUCUAAACAACUCCGGUGAAGAAGUGGUUUAGGAAGUAGAAGAGCUCGAAUUCACACCUCAGUCUCACUGCUCUUUUGUCCUCCUCAGAUUCUGCACAAUUGCUGGUUGGGUUUCUGCCCAUGCGGCACCCUGGGUGGUCAGCCUGUCUGGGCCUUGAAACAGGUGGAGGAGGGAGACCCAUGGGGUCACUGUGUGCUCUUUCCUAGAAGGCACAUGGGACUCUAGGCUGGAGGGGCGGCGGUGGGGGGCUGGGCCCC